AUGACGAGCGAUGACCAGUUCUUCUUCGAUUAUCUUGCCUCGAUUCCGCAUGACGUAAGAAGAUACUCGCUCGAGGUCGCAGAUUCUAUCGACCGGCAAGUCGAUCACAUCGCUACAGUGAUUCGCGAUACACUCUCACAUCAAUCAUGGCUCCCUCCUGCGAUGCGACCUUCUCCCAAGACAUGUCCAGGCUUCCAUGCUGCGCGGUCGCAGUCUUUCACUGAUCGCGCGUAUGACUGGAUGAUCCGAAAUCGAGCAUGGAGCGCUGCUUUAAUCGCAUUUAUUGGGACAACCAGCGUCCUGUAUUUUGGGAGUAGCAAGCUACAUGGACGCCGGCGGAAGGCAAGGAGGGCUGGAAAUGGUGCUCGAAAGGAGAUAGUGGUUGUCGCCGGGUCUCCCCAUGAACCGAUGACCAGAGCGAUCGCCACUGAUUUAGAGCGUCGAGGCUAUAUUGUGUUUAUUACUGUCACGUCAGCUCAAGAGGAACAGCUGGUUCGGUCGGAAAACCGAAUGGACAUCCGAGCCCUUUGGCUUGAUCUCACAGCAACUCCUUCGCCUUCUGAGAUUCACCCCUCUCUGCGUGACAUACAUUCCCUCAUCACACAGCCGCAAUGGCCGAUGCCUGGCGUACCUCCCCAUACCUGCCAGCUAAGCGGCAUUAUCCUGGUCCCAUCUCCUAAUUAUACAACUGGCCCGGUCGCCACUAUUCCACCAUCAGCCUGGGCCGAUACCAUUAAUACUCGACUUCUUUCUCCUAUACUAACCACUCAGAUCUUCCUGCCUCUCCUUACUCUUCGCAGCACGAAUAGCACUAUCCUCGUACUCUACCCCUCUAUAUCGUCGUCGCUUUCAGCACCAUUUGCCUGUCCUGAAGUCACUACUGCCCGUGCUUUGUCAGGAUUCGCGACCUCUCUACGGACAGAGUUGCGGUUCUUGCAGCAUAAGAACAUUGAUGUUGUGGAGUUGAAGCUUGGCAACGUCGACCUCGGCCCCCAGUUCCGCGACGCGCAGAGUCAUGUCACUGGGACUGAGGUUCUCGCAUGGAGCGCACAGCAACGGUCACUCUAUGGGCCCCAGUACCUUUCGAGCAUCGAACAGCGGCCCGUGGCAUCUGCAGGGCCCAGCACGGUGCGAGGCUCACCUGCCAGAACGCUCCACUACGCGGUAUUGGAUGCACUGGAGCCAGCAUCAAAGGAUAUUUUUGGAAGAAAAUUGCCCAAGAAGCGGGUCAUAUACGCUGGCCGAGGCGCGAGGUCGUAUAGCAUUAUUGGCGAGUGGGUUCCCGCCGGCCUGGUAGGAUGGAUGAUGGGCCUCCGAGGUGGGCACCCUACAACGUCGGACAGUGCCAGCAAUAGCAGCAGUGAGACUGGCUGGGAAAAAGUCAAUGAUGCGCGGUAA